AGUGACGUCGGUCCGGUGUUGUGUGCGGUCAACGGCAAGUAAAGUUGACCACCUGCAGGUUUGUACAGCCAGGUGUCCAGUCAUGUGGCCUGUAAUUUGGACAGCAGUGCGGACCUAUGCCCCUUACGUCACCUUCCCUGUAGCCUUUGUGGUGGGAGCAGUGGGUUACCACCUGGAAUGGUUCAUCAAGGGGACACCCAAACCUCGGGAGGAGGAGAAGGGCAUCCUUGAACUGAGGGAGGAGCGCAAACUGGAGGAACAAAUGGGAUUAGACAGCACCAAGGUCCUCAGCCUGAAAGAGAAACUGGAGUUCACGCCCAAAGCAGCUCUGAACAGGAACCGACCGGAAAAGAGUUAACCUGUGCUGCCGGGAGAGACACACGUAGACGUCGUCAGGUGUUGGGCACUCAGGAGGGGACGCACCGACCCUGC